AUGGCCUUCAUGCGAAUUUAUUAUCAGAUUCCUAUUACUGGGACUGAGGACGCCGAUCUGGCCACACUAGCCCAACAAAUCAAACAUUUGAAACUCCUGAAGCUGCUCAUGAGUCAAGGGUGUAGCUCUGUCCCAUGUUUCCUUGGCUACUGCGAAAAACAGCAGGGGGAGCAUGACCCUGUUCCUGGAGGCUUUGUCAAGUACGUUGUGUGGGAGAAGGUGCCUGGGGAGCCUCUUACAGAGGAAUUUUUCUGGAGCUUGGAUCCUGCUACACGAGAGGAUAUCCGUGUUCAUUUCCGUGCUGCCUUCGAAGAGAUGCUACGUUGUGGUGUGACCCCAGAGAUGCCUAGAAUCUCUAAGAUCAUUUAUGAUCAGUCCACCGGAAAUGUUCGUAUCUCAGGCCUCCGAAGAGGAUGGCCAAUCCUUGAUAAACUGGAAUGGGCAGACACCCGUUAUGUCGAGUACGGGCUGGCCAAUCGACACCACGACAAAGACUGGCCCUCUAACCCGCAGAAAUGGACAUAUUAA